AGUGAAGGGCAGCUGGGCUGAAAUCUUGCCUGCUGUGGCAGAGUCUGAGACUCUGGACAAGUCAUCCUCAUGCCACUUGUAAAUAACAAAGUCGGCGAUGAUUGCACAGUUGGCACAGAUAAGGCUUUGGUUGAUGGAAAGGCUCAGGUGGAUUCUUUGAUAAAGGUGGUGGCAUGUUAUCGGCACUUGGCCUCAUGUGUUGGUGGGUGCACAGACAGCUUGCAGCUCCGGGAUGAGCUGCGACAAACACGAGAGAAGGCCCAAACGUUGGCCAUGGCCAUCUGUAGUCAUCUCACCUCACAUCUCCGAAACAAGAGCCUGCCUGAGGAGCAGCGCAAGGAGAUGGAGCUCCUCUGGGUGGCCUUCUCCUCCAGCUUAGAGCUCCUACAUGUUGAUAUGUGUAAAGUUUUCAACAUAGGGGACAUCGUCUCUCUGGCUAACACUAAUACCCUGGUGCAAACUGGCCUACAAGGAGGAGGCACUGAAGUUGCAGCCCGGGCACUCAGUCUACCAGACCUGAACCAAGCUCAGAGCCCAAACCUCCCUGAUGGGCUGGAGAGCCAGGAGCGCUGCACCAUGGAGCAGGAGAUCAGCCAUAUUAACCACAUGAUCGAUGACAUGGAGAUGAAAGUCAACGUGUUGCGCUGGAUGGUGGAGCCCCAUGGGCCACAGUAUGCAGAGCCGCUCAGCAGCACCGACAGCGCCUCUCUGGGUCUGCUCUCAGUGGACGAGGAGCAGCCUGGACAUCAGCCUCUUUGCCAGCGCAGUCAAAUCUUUGUGCUCUUAUUGCUGUUUGCUGUUGUUUUGGUGGGAGCCACUUUAUCUGUCUGUGUUUUCUUUUUCUCGUGAGCAAAAACCUUAAUACACUCAACUUAUUUUUUUCU